UGCAGCCCAGCCACCGGCGGGGCACGGGGCCAGAGGCAGCCCCGCACGGCCCCUUCUCCRCCUCCGCAGAAACACCUGCGGGGGGGAAGGAUGCCGGGAGGUGGCCGCCCCUCUCCGCGGGAGCGCGGGCUGGCUCCGGAGCCGCCCCGACCACAAGGAGGAGGAGGAAGAGGAGAGGAAGAGAAAGGAGCGGGAGGGAAGUGGGGAAGUUGUGCCUUGGCCGCCCCGCCGAGAGCCGGAGCCAUGGGCCCCGCCGGGGGGGCGCGGGCCGCCCCCUCGCUGCUGCUGUCGCUGCUGCUCGGAGCCUCGGCCCCGCUGUGGCUGCGGGCGGAGACGCUGGGGGAUGGAUGUGGGCACACAGUGAUGUAUCAAGACAGUGGSACGCUGGCAUCCAAGAACUAUCCUGGGACGUACCCAAACUACACUCUUUGUGAAAAGAAAAUCCAAGUGCCUCCAGGGAAACGCCUGAUCUUGAAAAUUGGAGACYUGGACAUAGAAUCACAGAAAUGCGAGUCCAGCUACCUUAGCAUCCAGAGCUCUUCAACAGUGCAUGGGCCGUACUGUGGCAACGUGAUGCCUGUCCCCAAAGAAAUCAUUCUAGAUAGCAAUGAGGCAACUAUUCACUUUGAGAGCCGAUCCCACGUGUCAGGACGAGGCUUUCUGUUGUCCUAUGCCAGCAGUGAUCAUCCAGAUCUAAUCACCUGUUUGGAACGAGCAAACCACUACACAAAGGCUGAAUUCAGCAGAUACUGUCCUGCUGGCUGCAGAGACAUAGCAGGUGACAUUUCUGGGAAUAUUGGAGAAGGAUACAGAGAUACCUCGCUGCUGUGCAAAUCUGCGAUCCACGCCGGCGUGGUGGCGGACGAGCUGGGCGGCCAGAUCAGCGUCACCCUGCACAAGGGCAUCAGCCGCUACGAGGGCGUCGUGGCCAACGGUGUCCCCUCCCUGGAAGGUUCUCUGUCAGAUAAGCGGUUUACAUUCACUUCGAAUGGCUGCAACAAAUCUCUCAGUCUGGAAGAGGGAUUCCUCUCCAAGAGCCAGGUUACUGCAUCUUCCUACUGGGAGGAGACCAAUGAGUUUGGRCAGCUACUCCUGUGGUCCCCUGACAAGGCUUGGCUCCAAGUCCCGGGAUGGUCUUGGGCAUCYAACCACAGCAGCAACCGUGAGUGGCUGGAGAUCGACCUGGGAGAGAAGAAGAGAAUAACGGGGAUUAAGACCACUGGUUCCAGAUCCAUGAAUUUCAACUUUUAUGUGAAGACAUUUACAAUGAAUUAUAAAAAUAACAACUCCAAAUGGAGAACUUACAAAGGGAUUCUGAGCAAUGAAGAAAAGGUAUUCCAGGGCAACUCCAACUCCGGUGACAUCGUGCGCAAUAACUUCAUCCCUCCGAUAGUGGCCCGCUACGUGCGGAUUGUCCCUCAGACUUGGAACCAAAGAAUAGCACUGAAGCUGGAGCUGAUGGGGUGCAGAAUAAUGCCAGCAAACAGUUCAUUUACGCAUUCAAUGUGGCAGAAACCCAGUCAGAGCACAGAAACCUCCCUCGGCAAAGAAGACAGGACUGUGACAGAGCCCAUCCCAUCAGAAGAAACUAACUUGGGUUUAACACUUACAGCUAUAAUUGUCCCCAUCCUCAUCGUGCUGUUUCUGUUCUUGUUCUCUGGAAUUUGUAUCUGCACAGCCCUACGCAGGCGAGAAGCCAAAGGACUUUCCUAUGGAUUAUCCAGUACUCAGAAAUCAGGUUGUUGGAAACAAAUCAAGCAGCCCUUUACCAGACAUCAGUCGACUGAAUUCACCAUCAGCUAUAGCAAUGAGAAGGAGACACCACAAAAGCUGGAUCUGGUCACCAGUGACAUGGCAGAUUAUCAGCAGCCUCUCAUGAUCGGGACUGGGACGGUAACACGCAAAGGAUCUACUUUUCGCCCCGUGGACACCAAAGAGGAGGGAAGAAGGGGGAGUUCUGAGUUUGAAAAUCACUAUCACUGCCCUCACAGAGCUAACAGGCACGAAUACGCUCUGCCCCUGACCAGCCAAGAGCCCGAGUACGCCACCCCCAUCAUAGAGCGGCACAUAGCAAGAGAAACUAAUUUCCCCUCUGAGAAUGGCUACAACGUUCCCGUCGUCUCAUCUCAGAUACAUUCCCUCACCGCCGGCAGCUUCUCCAGCUCCUGUAAGGCCGACAGCAGGAACGGAGACUAUCAGACACCCCAGAGUGUCAUAAACUACGACAAACCCAAAGUUAAUGGUGUUCUGACCUCCGUGAGCUACAGCACAGACUACCAGAAACCCCAGCAAAGUGCGCUGGKGAGCGAGGGUUACUCCACGCCCAGAGACUGCCUAAAGCCCAUAAGCCAGACAGCAAUGACAGCUCUCUUGUGAUUUGCCGAGCGGGAGCGGCACGGUGCGCAGGAGCAUCACUGCACAGCUUUCUGAAGUGAAAACAGAGUUUGGAGGGACUCUGCUGUGGGAGGCAGAAGGCAAACAAGCCCUGUGUACAUAAUAUUGCUGUCUUGCUGGGUUCUGACAUCUGAAGAAAGCAUAUGCUGUUUAUCACUGUUUAUAGCAAGAGAGAUGUUAUCAGUGAAGACUGUACAUCUUAUUUUCUCUAACUGAUCUCAGUGCUCCGUUUGCAAUGUGUGCAAUUUGUACAUAGCUUUUAUUUAAGAAGAAUUUCUUAAGUUUCCUUUUCACCUGGGGGUUUGAAAGAAUUGCAGAAAUGCCUAUUUAAGGAAAACAGUCCUCCUUUUGUGUCUUUAUCUUACCUGCUGGUGUACUGGCAGCUGUAAAUGGUGUAUCUUAUGGCUGUGUUGAUUCAUUUCCUUUCCUAUGAUAACUGAAGAUAGGGCUGUAGUUCUUACUGGGAGGAUAGAAGUUAAAUUACUCGCUGCAUAAUGUGCACGAGAGAAGGCAGCUAUUUAAAUACUGUGCUCAAACACAACUUCCCAGCUGCUUUUUUAGCAGCAAUUCUCAUAUGCUUGAAUUUGAUUUAGCAUACAAGCUGAGCCUGUCUAUCCUGCAAUUCAUAUUAAAAAACAGGUAGAAAGGCUGAAACUGGUUUUGGGUUCAAGCCAUGGUUAUCCCCUUACAA